AUGCCUCCACCAUGUGGCAUUGAAACAUGCAAACAACAUGAUGAUUCAAUAAAUUCUCAAAUACAUCCUCUUGUUGAUGAAAUUAAUAAUCUUGAUAAUCAAUUAUCAAUAUUAAAUGUUAAUGAAAUUAUUGAUAAAUGUCGUCAAAAAUUAGAUAAAUGGCGUCAUGAUUCUCAUAAAGAAAUUGAUCGUUUUUAUGAAGAAAAAUAUCAAGAAUUACAACAACGUUGUAUUGAACGAGUUAGUCAAAAACGAAAAAAAAUUCAUCAAUUAAAAUUAAAAACAAAUGAACUUAUUCAAGAACAAGAAACUACCUAUGAUGAUAUUUCUUCAUUUAAAGCAAUUAUUAAUGAUAUCAAACGUGAUAUAGAUCAAUAUGAAGAGAAUGGCAUUUUAGUUGAUGUUCAUCCUUUAAUUAUUAAUAACAAUUUGAUUUAUAUUGAAAAAUGGACAUUGAAUGAAAUUGAUAUAUCAACUCUUUCAUCUCUUUAUCGAACAAUCGAUUGUUCUAAUGAUGAUUGGCCUGUAUUAACUAGCAAUAAACGAUUUUUACUAUUGGAUCAAUAUCCUAAUUUAUGUUUAUUUGAUAAAGAAUUAACUAUUGUAAAACAAUGUCCAUGGAAAUAUGAUCGUAUUCCUGAUAUGUGUUGGUCUUCAACAUUAAAUUGUUUUAUUAUAGUCACAAAUAAUAAUGGAAUUUUUCAAGUUAAUGAAAAUUUAACAUUAGUUCAAUCUAUUGAAACAAUCGAGAAGAAGCAGUGGUUGUCUUGUACAUGCUCGGAUGUAUCUCUAUUUCUUACGAUUAAUGAUGAACAUUCUGGUAUUUUUGAAUUCAAUCUUUUACCAUCAUUUCGUUUAAUUAAACAAUGGAAAUUUCCUCAAAUUUAUAACACAGAUGAAUUUAUUCAUAAUAUUGCUUAUAAUAAUGGAACACUUGCUUUAUUAAUAUCAUAUCAAUACUUUAAAUAUUCUUCCAGUAAAACAGUACGUAUAGAAGUUCGAUCUUCAUCAACACUCGAUCAACUUUGGUCAGUUCCUCUUAAUAUUACAUAUCAGGGUGGACGAGUCAAUCGUAUUUGUUCACUUACAUGUGAUGAGUGGCUUGUAAUCGAUCAUAAAACAUCAAGUCUUUUACAUAUUAAUAAAGAUGGACAAGUGAAAGCGAAACGUUCAUACGAACCAACAGCUCAUAAUGCUACUUUAUUUGGUUCAAACAUACUGGCUAUUAGAACUACAAAUUGUCUUAAUUUUCAUCGAGUAUAA